AUGACGCCCACCUCAGACGACCAACCAGAAACAAUUGUGCGACGAAACCCCAAAGGAUGCACAAGCGAAAGCUUUUACAACUGGGCAGAUGAGCCCUUUGAAGAGAUGGACUCCACCAUAGCUGUUCAGCAGUUCAUUCAGCAAAAGAUUCGCAAAGAUCCGUCGAAUGUAGACGAUAUUCUCACUCCGCCCAAGGGUCAGGAACUGGGCAUUUGGAAGUACGAACAUAUGCGGCAGUUUUGCCUUGAGUUGAACCGACUGACCGUAAAGCUUCAGACGGAAUGCAAUCCUGAGACAUGCAGCCAAAUGACCGCAACUGAGCAAUGGAUCUUCCUUUGCGCUGCCCAUAAGGCACCCAAAGAAUGCCCAGCAAUCGACUACACUCGACACACUUUGGAUGGGGCUGCUGCUUUGCUGAAUUCAAACAAGUAUUUUCCCUCUCGCGUCACCAUAAAGGAGUCUUCCGUCGCGAAACUGGGCAGCAUAUGUCGUCGGGUUUACCGAAUCUUUUCGCAUGCCUACUACCACCACAAAGCAAUUUACGAUGAGUUCGAAAGUCUAUACUUUCUCUGCAAGCGGUUCUCCAUGUUUUCCAUCAAGUAUGAGCUAAUGUCGGUAGAGAACUUGAUUGUUCCCAUUCCCGGUCUCGACUUUAACAGUAUUGAAGUUCAAACUAAAAGUGCAGCCUCUACCACUGACACGCCGAACCUCAUCAACACCACUGUCAUUGUCUCCUCAUCUGGGCCCGACUCUUCCGAAGCAUAA